AUGACUGCAAACACCUUGUUCAUGUCACCAGAGGAAUUAGCCCGUAUUCAAGCUACAGUUUGUGACAGGCUCAAGCAACGGAGAGAUCAACAAGGUAGACCAAGAGAACAAAAAGACCCCAAAGCCCUAGUUGAACAAGCUGUUUCGGAAUCCCUUAUGCAAGACAUCUCUUCUGCAGCAUUUGGAUUCGGCGUGUCUAGGAAAACCAAGGAAGCCAUGCCGGCAUACGGUAUUGGUGCGCCGUACCUACCUUGCAUCAAGACGCUGGAUGAUCUUGAACCAAUGAAGCUAAAAGAUCUACGAAUGGAAAUACAUCAUAGAGGUCUCUUCCUUUCCCUGCGCCGUAUCUCACCCGUUGCUAUCCUCGAGGCAUCAUCGUGGGCGGUCGUCCAGGACACGUCUUCUGAUGAUGUCGAGCGUAUCGAGUUGUUCUUGCACAAAUCUCAACAUGGGUGCGACAUUUUGGGCACCGCCUCCGAGUUUAUUGUCAAAGAGCCAUAUUACACACUUAACAAUCAUGGAGAGUCUACUAUACAAGUAAACCAUCCGUCAGACAUACUCAUAACGGAAAUAAGCGAUAGCCCUGAGUCUUGGCGACAAGAACAACACGGCAAAUCUGCAUUUGAACCUCUUUCAGCUGAAGCAUACAAGGAGAAAGGCAACCACGCUCUCUUGAAGAAAAAGGAUUUCCCACUGUCCCAUUUCUACUACACCCGCGGGUUGAAACUACUAUCCGAUAGCAAGUCUGACGAGACCCUACGGAACGAUUUGUACCGAAACAGAUCCUAUGUCAACCUGAAACUUCAGAGAUUCGACGAAGCAAAGUCCGAUGCUUUGUCUUCUAUUAUAUACGGCCAAAGAGGCGACCUCGAGAGUCUCAAUGCAAAAGCCUAUAAUCGAGCAGGUCUAGCCGCUUACAGCCAGGGCGAGUUUUUACAAGCCAAAGCGUACUUUAAACAACAAAAGGAACUACAGCCUGAAGACCAACAUGUGGCACUGCACCUUAGAAGGAUCGAUGCUAGACUUCGAGAGGCUACAGAAGGUGCCUAUAACAUGAGUAGGAUCGUCAGCUCACUCAUGAAAGCUGGAGGCAGGCCUGACGUUGCGUCGUUCGAUGGACCUACUGAAAUCAAGCCUAGCCUUGGCGCUGGCCGUGGUCUUUUUGCUACAAGAGACAUAAGUCCAAAUGAAAUCAUCAUGUGUGAGAAGGCUUUCUGUGUGGCCUGGAGCCACGAGUCUGAGACAUUCAGCGCGUUAGUAUGCGAUACGCGAGAAGACAUUGUCAUCAAAGUCUUUCCUGCAGGUUUACACAAAGCCGUUGUUCAAAGGCUACUCAACAACCCUUCCCAAGUUGAAAGGAUUCUAGGUCUACACGGAGACUGCAAGGGCAUUGGACAGAAGCUCAUCGAGGUUGAUCAAGUCCCCGUCAUUGAUGCCUUUCAAAUACAUGACAUUGUUCAGCGCAACGCAUUUGGGCUAGGCCAGCAGACAGAGGACGAAGACAUCAGUAAUGCCAGCACAGGUUUAUGGGUUCGGGCAUCAUACAUCAAUCACUCAUGUAUACCCAACGCGAAGAAAGACUUGAUCGGCGACCUUAUUCUCUUUCGUGCUACGAGAAGGAUAGCUUCUGGCGAGGAGAUUACUCAUGCAUAUGACGAGUCAACCAGUUAUGAAGCAAGGCAGGCUGCUUUUUGCAGGACGUGGAAUUUCGAGUGUCGGUGUCCGCUCUGUCUUGUGCAAAUGAAAGAGAGCGACGCCUUACGGCGAAUGAGAAAUGAGGCUGAGGAGAGAGCAAAUACGUUUGUGGAGAAUAACGACCCAAGUUGUGCAAAGACCUGCCACGUCCGUCGCUGGCGGCAAUAG